AUGGUAUUCCGAAGCAUAUUUCAACAGCAUUUUCUGCUUAUUAGGAGCAAAAGGUUGUUGUCGGGUGGAUUUGAUGAAAUACUGACAAAAAACAUAAGCGGCAAGCUAAUUGUGACGUUAAAUCGACCGAGGACUCUAAAUGCAUUGAACAUCAGCAUGGUGCGCAAAUUAUAUCCGAUGCUAAAGAAGUGCGACAGUGAUUCAAGUGUACCGUUUAUAUUUGUCAAAGGAACAGGUGGCAAGGCGUUUUGUGCUGGUGGCGAUAUUGUUGCUGUAUCACGUUCUGCGCAAGCAAAUGAUCCAUCAAAUACGGUGCACAAAGAUUUUUUUCGCGAGGAAUAUGUGAUGAAUUAUUUGAUCGGUGUCUUAAAGGUACCAUAUAUCGCUGUUAUGGAUGGUAUAACAAUGGGAGGAGGUUGUGGUCUUUCUAUCCAUGGAAAGUACAGGAUAGCAACAGAACGAACAAUGUUAACAAUGCCUGAAACUUCUAUUGGUUUCUUUCCUGAUGUCGGAGGGACUUUUUUCUUGUCACGAUUACCAUACAAUUUGGGUCAGUUCAUGGCUCUUACAGGAUAUCGACUGAUAGGCGCCGAUGCUUAUCAUAUGGGUCUCGCUACUCAUUUCGUUCCAUCAGAAAAACUGAAGAAUCUUGAAGACGAACUGCUCAGGACGGAUAAUAAAUUGCUUUCUGCAGAAAAGAUAGAUUAUAUUUUGAAUAAAUACCACAUGAAGGAAAGUGAAAUACCCAAGUUUGGUCUUGAAAAACGGCUCGCACAAAUUAAUUAUUUAUUUAGCGGGAGUACAGUCGAAUCGGUUUUCAAAAAACUGCGAAACAAUAAUGAUGAUUUCGGCAACAAACUAUUCAAUAUUCUUAGCACAAAGAGCCCAACAUCACUGAAAGUAACUUUUCGGCAAUUGCAAAUUGGUUUGAAGAUGCAAUUUCCUGAAGUUUUUACAAUGGAAUAUCGUCUUUCUCAACGUUUCAUGAAAAGCCAUGACUUUCAUGAGGGUUGCAGAGCAAUUCUUAUCAAUAAGGAUCAAAAACCGGUGUGGAAGCCUGCUAGUAUAGAAGAAGUUACGGAUGAAAUGAUGGAUGAGUACUUUGCUCCUCUUCAUGAGGAUGAAGAAUUGAUUAUUAAGGAAUUUGAAACUUAA